UGGAGCCUUAGGAACAGCCACUGGGUCAGCCACGGGAUUAAGGGUGGGAGGGAGCAGGAGUAUAUAGAGACUGGGGGCUUGGUGGAGGAGUACAGUUGAAGGGAAAAGCGGGAUGGGUUUCGUGCCUCUGGCAGCGAAGCGUGUACUUGGUCUAAGAUCUUGAGCAGAAGGUAAGAGCGUGUUGCCAAAGCAGAGCUUAGUGCUCCGGAUAUAUCUUCUGGUAGUCCCAGAAGAAAUGGGGGUGGGUUGCUUUGAAGGCACUUCCGCUUAGCAACCCCACGCGGUUGCUAAGGAGGGGGCAGCCGUGGGGAUAACCCGGAAGUGAUGGUGUCAGUUUAACGCUGCCUGCCCAAAGUUUGUCCUAUUAGGCCCGCCAGGGUACUCUGCGGCUCCGGGACGAGGGCGGGGCCGCGCUAGUGGUUCCGGUUCGGCUCCAGCGGCCCCUGGGCUCCUCGCCUUCCCCCUCCCGUCCGCCUUCUCCCCUCCCUCCCGCUCCUGGGAAAGAGAGAAACCACCGCUGCGGGUGGGUAGAGAAGCACUUGGCGCCUCGGGGAGGGGACCGCGCCCGCCUCAUUUGCGCCUUGCAGCACUGCUGGACCAGGUUACAAGAUGUUUACCUAAGAUUGAGACCUAGUGACUACAUUUCCUACGGGAACAAAUAAAUGGUUUUUCAUCUCCUGGAGAUACAUUACAAACAAAUAUGGUGCUAAAAGAACUCCUUACCUUUCUCUGACUACAAUUUAUUUGGACAUACUUUUGUAUUGAAGAGAGGUAUACAUACUGAAGCUACUUGCUAUACUAUAGGAGACUCUGUCCUGUAGGAUCAUGGACCAUCCUAGUAGGGAAAAGGAUGAAAGACAACGGACAACUAAACCCAUGGCACAAAGGAGUGCACACUGCUCUCGACCAUCUGGCUCCUCAUCAUCCUCUGGGGUUCUUAUGGUGGGACCCAACUUCAGGGUUGGCAAGAAGAUAGGGUGUGGGAACUUCGGAGAGCUCAGAUUAGGUAAAAAUCUCUACACCAAUGAAUAUGUAGCAAUCAAACUGGAACCAAUAAAAUCACGUGCUCCACAGCUUCAUUUAGAGUACAGAUUUUAUAAACAGCUUGGCAGUGCAGGUGAAGGUCUCCCACAGGUGUAUUACUUUGGACCAUGUGGGAAAUAUAAUGCCAUGGUGCUGGAGCUCCUUGGCCCUAGCUUGGAGGACUUGUUUGACCUCUGUGACCGAACAUUUACUUUGAAGACGGUGUUAAUGAUAGCCAUCCAGUUGCUUUCUCGAAUGGAAUACGUGCACUCAAAGAACCUCAUUUACCGAGAUGUCAAGCCAGAGAACUUCCUGAUUGGUCGACAAGGCAAUAAGAAAGAGCAUGUUAUACACAUUAUAGACUUUGGACUGGCCAAGGAAUACAUUGACCCCGAAACCAAAAAACACAUACCUUACAGGGAACACAAAAGUUUAACUGGAACUGCAAGAUAUAUGUCUAUCAACACGCAUCUUGGCAAAGAGCAAAGCCGGAGAGAUGAUUUGGAAGCCCUAGGCCAUAUGUUCAUGUAUUUCCUUCGAGGCAGCCUCCCCUGGCAAGGACUCAAGGCUGACACAUUAAAAGAGAGAUAUCAAAAAAUUGGUGACACCAAAAGGAAUACUCCCAUUGAAGCUCUCUGUGAGAACUUUCCAGAGGAGAUGGCAACCUACCUUCGAUAUGUCAGGCGAUUGGACUUCUUUGAAAAACCUGAUUAUGAGUAUUUACGGACCCUCUUCACAGACCUCUUUGAAAAGAAAGGCUAUACCUUUGACUAUGCCUAUGAUUGGGUUGGGAGACCUAUUCCUACUCCAGUAGGGUCAGUUCACGUAGAUUCUGGUGCAUCUGCAAUAACUCGAGAAAGCCACACACAUAGGGAUCGGCCAUCACAACAGCAGCCUCUUCGAAAUCAGAAUGCAUCAUCAGAGCGCCGAGGAGAGUGGGAAAUUCAGCCCAGCCGGCAGACCAAUACCUCAUACCUAACGUCUCACUUGGCUGCAGACCGCCAUGGGGGAUCAGUGCAGGUGGUUAGCUCAACCAAUGGAGAGCUGAAUGUUGAUGAUCCCACGGGAGCCCACUCCAAUGCACCAAUCACAGCUCAUGCCGAGGUGGAGGUAGUGGAGGAAGCUAAGUGCUGCUGUUUCUUUAAGAGGAAAAGGAAGAAGACUGCUCAGCGCCACAAGUGACCAGUGCCUCCCAGGAGUCCUCAGGCCCUGGGGACUCUGACUCAAUUGUACCUGCAGCUCCUGCCAUUUCUCAUUGGAAGGGACUCCUCUUUGGGGGAGGGUGGAUAUCCAAACCAAAAAGAAGAAAACAGAUGCCCCCAGAAGGGGCCAGUGCGGGCAGCCAGGGCCUAGUGGGUCAUUGGCCAUCUCCGCCUGCCUAAGGCUCUGAGCAGGUCCCAGAGCUGCUGUUCCUCCACUGCUUGCCCACAGAGCUGCCUGGUUGACUCUCCUUCCCAUUGUUUACAGUGAAGGUGUCAUUCACAAAAACUCAAGGACUACUAUUCUCCUUCUUCCCCUUAGUUUACUCCUGGUUUUUACCCCACCCUCAACCCUCUCCAGCAUAAAACCUAGUGAGCUAAAGGCUUUGUCUGCAGAAGGAGAUCAAGAGGCUGCGGGUAAGGCCAAGAAGGUAGGAGGAAAAUGGCAGACCUGGGCUGGAGAAGAACCUUCUCCGUAUCCCAGGUGUGCCUGGCAGUAUGGUUUCCUCUUCCUCUGUGCCUGUGCAGCAUUCAUCCCAGCUGGCCUUGGGGUUCACGUUCCUUCCCUCCCUCCUGUGAAGUUACACUGUAGGACACAAGCUGUGAGCAAUCUGCAGUCUACUGUCCCUGUGUGUUGGCGUUCUUAGCUUUUUUGACAAACUCUUUUCUCCAGGUAGUAGGACAAUGAAAAUUGUUCUAAGCAAAGGAAAGAAAACUGACUUUGUUGCACUUUUAGUUUUUUUUAAAAAAAACAAAAUCAAAAACAUGGCAGAUGCAUAUUGUGUCUGGUUAUAUUGGGGGUUUUACUUUUACCUGUUUUGAGGGGGAUGGGGCCGGCCAAGCCAUUCAGAGAGAACAUGGGUCCAGAGGACAUUCUCAGUGGAAAGAGUUUGAUCUGCAGCACCCAGAAGAGAAGCCAAACUCGGUGUCAUUCUGAGUGAACACUCAGGUUGGCAAGAAAACAUACUUGAAUUUUCAUUCAUCUUCUCAGCAGCUGAAGAAUGUCCCUACCAGAGCAUCUUGACCUAAUCAGCUUACAGUUUGAAAACCUAGCUCUCCAGAACAUGAGAUGAGCCAGCCGAGCCAGACUGUGACCAGGAAACAGCUCAUCCCAGAGAAGGAGAUGCUUAACAAAAAAAAAAUUGAAAUUGUUUCCUAUGCUGCCAGGGACUUCCAACUAGAUAGCCAUGUGACGUCCUGGUGGCUUGGGGGAAAAAUUAGUGAUGAAACAGCCACCACCAUAUUGCCAUUAGUGGAAAAAAAGAGGACAGUGAACCUGCCUUCCACCUGCCAGAGGGACCUCAGGGUGUGGCAUUAUAGGGCCAGGAAAAGAAAAUCGGUGUAUCCUAUCUGCCCCAAUAGCUGAGCUGUAGCAUUUGGGCUGGCCUGCCUUAUCAGAAACCAAGCUUAUGAAGAUCUUCUCCCAGCAGGUCCAUAGCAGUAGGCUUAGGAUGCAGUAUAUGGGGCCGCAUUUAAAAGGAGGGAAAGAUUGUUUGGUGCUGGAACAUUCCAGGGAAAAGGAGACUGGAAUGAAAGGUCUGAAAUUAUCUUCUCAAUUGGACUUCUUCCAGAAAGGUGGCCGUGCCUCUAAGCAUGUUUUUCCCAGUAUGCCCUAGGCCUCCCCCCAUGGUGUUUUCAUAUGAGGUACUACUGUGAAGGAUCUUGGUUCCUCAUUCACUGUUUGACAAGUCUUUCAUGUGUGGAGUUACUCUUCUCAUGCCCAAUUUUCAUUUGAGUUUAGUGGCUUAACCAAACAAUGACUCCUCAUUCCAGCGGUGACAGAAGAGAAAGGGUCAUUUACAUCAGGAAAGAGGUCUUGUAUCUGGGAGUAGAGAGCUAACCAUGGAGCACAGUGGCUGGUGGGUGACUUAGUCUGAUGGUUUGUGGACCAUAGAAGUCUUCACCUCUGGUUUGAGGUGCAGGGCUGUCUUUUGGACUGGAGGGUGUGGGGAUAUUUUCUGAUAGUUGCCAUUUCUUGAAAAAUUCCCUUGAUGUACCUUACACAGAGCAGAAAUAACAUUAACAUGGAUCAGAGGUACUGGGCUUCAUCUGUUCCAUUGGACCUUGGCUAGGGAAUAUCAUUUCACUGGCAUCAAACCUGCUUAGCUUAUGAAAAGAUGGUAAUAUGUCAUUUCUAUAAAUGUUUCUAUAUAUGAAACAUAGAGUGGCAGGGAGAUGCAAUAUCACACCCCUUCCCCACAAGGACUGUGAAUAUUGGGAUUUAUGUCCUUGCCAUUACCUAGUGGUUACAGCCCUAUCACUAAAAUUUACAUCGUUUCUCAGUUGGGAUUUGGGCAUUGCUAACUUACUGUAUAGAAAGUUUAACUUUUCCUCACCCCUGUAUAGAAAAUGCCUUGCCUCUCAAGAGAGGGCAGAGGGGGGGCCAGGUGCAGUGGCUCACACCUGUAAUCCCAGCACUUUGGGAGGCCAAGGGAAGUGGAUCAUGUGAGGUCAAGAGUUCGAGACCAGCCUGGCCAACAUGGUGAAACCCCGUCUCUACAAAAAAUACAAAAAUUAGCUGGGCGUGGUGGCAUGCUCCCGUAGUCCCAGCUACUCGGGAGGCUGAGGCAGGAGAAUCACUUGAGCCUGGGAGGCAGAAGUUGCAGUGAGCCGAGAUCGCACCACUGCACUCCAGCCUGGGCAACAGAGUGAGACUCUGUCUAAAAAGAAAAAAAAAAAGGGCAGAGGGAAAUGGUGGGAAUGCCUGGAGCAUCCUGGCACUCUAUACUCUACUGAGUGCCUCUCUUCAGCCCCUCACCCUGCUUCCACACACACACACACACAAAAGCAAAGGCACUGACCAGCUUGGCUGCAGGGCAAGCUGCCUUGCAGCUGGAUUUGUGACUUUUUUUUUGUCUUAAAAUUUUUACUGGGUCAGUUGUAGGGGACUGUACUUCCUAAGACACUGUUCUCACCUUCCAACCUCACAAAUCUCUUACUAGAUAUUUGGUUUUCAUAACAAAGGUAAAGAAUCCCAGGUCUCUUUAGCAUGCAGAGUAAUGGUGAUCCCUCCAGGGCCAUUGGCGCUUCGAAGUGAUCCCAGACCUGGGAGAUUCUGGUGGGAUCUUCCUUAAAAAUAAGCAAAAAACCUGAGUACCCUAGAUGCAAUUGGCCAUUUGUUUCAGCCCCAUCAGCAAAUAAGGGCUCCCUCCUCAACCCUACUGCUACAGUUCCUUAGCUGUAUGCCUCAGCCAGAUCCUUGGGGUUAGGGCAUGCGCUCGCUGACUGUCCCCACCCAUCCACUUGCUCUGUAGUUUCUGAGCUUUCUCCAUUUCACAAGUAUGGUGCCUAACGAUCUUUUUCUUUAGGAUUGAUGCAAUUGUUUUUCCUGAAAGCUAACUCAGCAUCUAUUCAUAAAAACCCUUAAUAGUAUACAUUAGGAGUUUUCCCAAGCUCUACAGUCCCUCAGACAUUGCAUCCUAAACAGAUUUGAGGCACACAGGCCAAGACUCCACCAAGGCAUAAAUGGUCCCCCCUACUCCCUUUUGACCAGGGUAUCACUUGUGUCUCUGCAGUAAGAGUUGGUCAAGUUGCUCUACGCACCUUGGUGCUUUCCAGAGAUCUCACUCCAGACUGCCCCCAAGGGUGGAUAGAGUAUCCUGACAGCCAGUAUGCACUCAUGACUGCCUUAUUUAACAUUCUUCUGCUAUUAUGGAGCCUGUCUGGCAAUAAACAGGGUCUAGGAAGGUACAAGAUUAGCUUCCAGUUAAAAUCCCAUUUUAUAUUGGAAUGCAUGAACUACAGAUGACAGCAGAGAUCCUGAGGUUUCUAGACAUGUUGAUUGUCUCUUUUUUCUAAAUGAACUCCAAGUACUUAGAAAACAGUCCCUGUCCAUUAGCCAGAAAAGGUGACCAUCACCCCUAAAAUAAUUUCCAAACUUAGUUCAGUGGGAAGAUAUGCUGGUAGUGCAUAUUCAGUGUUGAUUUUCAGUGCUAGUAACCACUUUUAAUGCCAGAAAUACGUAACAAUGAUAAUGUAACGUCAAAGUGGUUACUAAAGAUUAUAGCCUUAACUUUUUUAUGUAAAAGAUAAAAUCCAUUCCUCCUCCCAGUGAGCAAGCAUGGCUUGCAUUUCUCAAAAAUGAGAACUUCCAUGGCAGCCAAGAAAACGUCUUCUCAGAGGAACUUAAGUUUGAUGCAUCUCCCAAGCCCACAUGCCUCCUGUGUCCCAGCCACCUCUUCCAUUUCACAUUUAAACCAGCUCUCCAUUCCCAUUGAGUUGCCCUAACAACAUUGUCUCCAGUGUCAGAACCAUAUUAGGGUUCGUUUCUCAGAUUGGGAGCCUGCAACACCAUACAGCCAACAUUGCCUUUGCCACGCCACUGCCACCAUCCCCACCAUUGCCCUAUGGUGGGCAGAUGAAUUCCAGAAACCCUCAGGGAGCGAGGAUAAUUAGGCAACCCAUCUGAAUUGGCCACGUAAGUGACAGGCACUUAUCUCUCGGGUUCUUGCUUUUGCAGACUCCAGGGAAGUCCUGUCUAGAGGUCGAUGGCAGAGACUCCUAGUCUUUCCCAUGAGGGGUUGAUAGGAAUCAAAUUGGGAUUCCUUUGGUUUUGGGUUUUGUUUUUUUGUUGUUUUUGGUUUUCAGUUUGUUUUUUGGUGUAUGGGGGGUGAUUUUGUUUCUGAAUAAGAAAAAGAAGAGGCAACCAUGGCCCUUAUGUGGGUUUAUAAAGUUUUGAGCAAUGUUUUAGCCACAAGUAAGGAAUCUUGAAAGUCUUUUAUCCAGCAAGCAGUCUUAAAAAUGUUUUUCCUAACUGCUUUUGCAGGUGACUAAGUACAAAAAAUAGUUUUCUCAUUGUAUUCAAAAUAGUGAGUAGGUUCCCUGGAUAAUAACACAGUGGUAGUUGACAUAUUUUCUCAAAACACAACCAGAAAACCCACUUCCAGUAUUUGUAAAUCACCUUUCAAGGGAAAAAGUGAACACGUAUUCCUUGUAUUUCUAGUUUGAUUACCAAGCUUGAUGUUACAAAGAAACCUCAGUUCUGCAGACAGAAUUUCUUUUAUUUUUCUUCUUUUACUCCUCACAAUCACUUUCCCAGUGCCAUCACCAUCUAUAAGGUCUCAGAGCAGAGGAUUAUUCAUGGUAAUAAGUGGGGGUGUGGUGCAGCCAUUCCAGUAACACCCACAAGAGGACAGCUGUUCUGAAUGUCCCCACCCACCCCUCUUUCAGUACAGGUGAGACAUUUUCAGUUCAUGAGCUCCAGACCAAAUCCUAGGCCAGCCCUUGCACCAAAAGCCUUUUUUAGAAGGCUUAUCAGUCUAUUAGGAAUGUCUCAGGAAAGAUGAGCCAUUUCUUUGGGGAGAAAUAUAUUUACAGAUGGAAGUGUGUGAUUGCGUGUCUGUGUGUGUGUGUGGUGUGUGUGCGCACGUGAGUGCGUGUGUUCAUCUAUGUGCAUUUCACUUCCAUAAAGACCCAGCCCAAGCUGCUGGGAACCAUGUGUUCCUGAGUAUUCUCAGAGGUAAACAAGUGACAAGUGAGCUUCUGAAAUUAGUGUCUCAGCAAGCUGGCUUUAGGAAUGAGCCCCAUUUUAUCAAGCAGAGAAAAAAAAUAACAGCAGAAAAGAUAAAGAUAAACCAAAAAUAUAUACCCCCAAUGGAAAAUAAUGUUGAUUCAGCAAUUCCCAUAGGAUGUAUUACAUGCUCUAAUUUAAUAUAUUAUUAUUUAUCUGUCUUUGAUCUUUGCCCAUUGUACUCUUAAAAACAUGUUGGGAUGUUGAUUGUGAUUUUUAAACAACUAGAUAAUGUAUAAAUCAGCAGUGGAAAUCAGUUUUAAUGUGUGGAUGUGUCUGACUAUUGUUAAAUGUCUCUUUUUUUACUUUUUUUUUUUUUAGAUGUAUAAUGUUUCAUAAACCCUGGCACUGGUCACAAAGCUCAGCUGUGAAAAUGAAAUUUGUAGUAUUUUUAAACAUGAAUGUCAAUUUCAAGUGUAUUUGAAAUGGUUCCUCCAGGAGAGAUAUUUGUGCACCAUUAGGAAAAUCUUCUCUGCAGAGGAAGUAGCCUUCUUUGGAGAAAAUGGAAAAUGGGUUCUGAUAUGUGAUCUCAGAGUAGCCCAUUUCCUAGGGCACCAUGGAAAACACAAAUGUGAUCUUUAAGUAUACCUCUUCCCCAGUUUGGGGAGGAAAGGACUCAGUUUGCACCCUUUUUGUAUGUAAAAUAAAAUGUCUUACCUUUCUUGGCUA